GUAUUAGUAUUUCAAAUAAGAACCUUAUAAUAAAAAAAGACUUUUUUUAUAUAAAAUUUUAUUAUUUAUUUAUUUUUAAUAUUACAAUUAUAGUACUUAAACAAUUAAAAUGUGCGGACCAUAUUCGUGUGGCAUCGUAGUGACGGCAGUUGGCGCCGCCCUAGUAUUCAUAACUGCAUUCGGUGGUUUUGUAUUAGUACCUGGAAUUGUAGAAAACACAAUUAUAGACACUGUAGCAUUAAAAGAUGACACGGAACAAUUCGAAAGAUUUGAAGUUGUUCCGGUUGCCUUGAACUUCACUGUUAGAUUGUUUAACCUCACCAACCCUGAUGAAGUCCUCCAUGGGGCAGUACCAAUAGUCAAUGAAGUGGGACCAUAUAUUUACACGAUGGCCCAAAAAAGAGUUUUAGAACGUAUUGAAGAAGAUAAACUGACAUACCACAUAUGGAAUGAUAUGCAAUUUGAUCCGGUGGGAUCGUACCCACAUACCGAAGAUGACUUAAUUACCAUGCCAAAUGUACCAUACCACGCUGUACUCGGCACAACUGAAAGUACCGUUCCAAACCUGAUGUGGGCCAUAAAUUCAGGAAUCAACGGUAUAUUUGGUGAAUACGAUCAACCUGUAGCAACCUUUAGAGUAGGCGAUAUACUUUUCAAAGGUGUGCCGAUAUGUAAGGACCCUAUUGCGGUUAGUGGGGUUGUAUGUACUGUAAUUAGAAGCAUGCUUCCCGAUAUUAAGAACAUGGUUUUGGAGAACGACGGAUCUAUUCUAUUCUCACUAUUCGCAUACAAAAAUAUGACCGAGAGUUACCGAUACGAAGUUUAUAGAGGGAUAAAUAACAUCAGCGAUGUGGGUCGCAUCAUCCGCUACGAUAACUUGUCAUACUUCAAGUAUUGGGUGAACACUAACCCAGGGCAAAUAAGCUCGUGCAAUAAGAUCAAUGGAACGGAUUCUGGCAUAUAUAUGCCGUUUAUAUCAAGAGACCAACCAAUUGAGGCGAUUAAUCCUGAUAUUUGCAGAUCGAUCAGGCUAAACUAUGUACGCGACAUGGAGUACGAGGGUGUCCCAGGAUACCGGUUCACCACCGACGAGUCGAUGUAUGCUGACGAUUAUGGGUGCUAUUGUCUCAACGUCACCAAAGGUAUCACCAGACAGAAUGGGUGCCUACUUAAAGGCGCUUGUGAACUUUUCACAUGUGUAGGUGCUUACCUUGUGUUGAGCAAUCCGCACUUUUUGUUUGCUGAUGAGAUAUAUCAAAAUAGUGUAAUUGGAAAUACGCCAGACAUUGAGAAACAUGUCCCAUUCGUGGAAGUGGAGCCACAUACCGGCAUAGUGUUACGUGGAGGCAAAAGAGCCCAGUUUAACGUAUUCCUAAGGCCUAUUCGUGGCAUAACAGCAACACAAAACUUCAGAACAACCUUAAUACCAUUAUUUUGGGUUGAUGAGGGCAUGUCGUUAACAGAAGAGUUUGUGGACCAGAUAAAAAAUGAAUUAUUAUUCGCAUUAAAAUUAAUUGACAUUGUUAUACCUAUUUUACUAAGUGUAUUCAGCAUUAUAUUGGUAGCCGGAAUUGUUGUUAUAGCGAAAAGAAAGCUUAGAAAUAAUGCGUCUGGUAGUGAUAUCCCGUCAUCUUUCAAAUAAAUUAAUUUCUCAGA